AGUUGACUUACACGCGAGGUAGCGCCUGGAACCUGGAAGCAGCACACAUCACGGCAUUUAUCGUUACCCAAUAGCUGAACAAUGCGAAGCCGAUCAGAAGCUCAUCCCAAUGCCCAAUACUUGUCAUCCGACCUACUUUGGCGCCUGGUAACAAUAUUACUCAUAAGCUGAAUUCUGCGAGGAGUAUGAGACACUUUCUCAACCCACCCGGCAUGAUUAGUUUCAACCACUUGGUGUCGCUGUGGCAGAAGCGCAGUACGAGCUCUGAAACGAAGAAACCAUUCCCAAUAUCGGCCCAGCACACAUGGUUUUGGCACAGUCCCGAGCCCCGGAUCCAAAGUUUGCAUUUUUACACAAGCAGGGCGGGUCCGGACUGGCGCAACCGAGGCUGGAUGGAGUGCUGAGCCACCGCGUUGAUGAAGCAAUCCUGGCCGCACCCCGGGAGUGGGAUGGCGGUCGUGGUAGGAGUCCUUUGCUGCGGGGCUCCCGCGGUCGUGGUAAGAGUGGCGGCGAGUGCAGAGCUGCAGGCCGCGCUUCCGUCUGUCCGCAGCUGAGGAGUGAGGCGAGGUCUGUGGUUGUUGAAGGCCUACUAGUCGUCGUGGAUGUCAAGCUUGCGGUGGUCGUUGACGUGGUCUUGGGGAAAGAGCUGGAAGCUGCUAGUGUAGUCUCGAGCGCCCAGCUGGUCGUCGACGAGGGUUUUGACAAGGACUUGGAUGUGGCCGUGGGCACCGGAAGUGUUGACCCAGAUGUGCAUAUUCCAAACUCGGGCUCGUAUUGGAUGGAGUCGAUUGCACGCAAAGGCACGGUGCCGUGGGGUGACGAUCCGUCGUAUGCCGUCUUUCGCAACGUGCUCUAA